CCAGCGCCUGGGUCUCUCGCCCGCCCCCCUGGAAAGUCAGCGCGGGGAAGGGCGGGGCUCGAGGAAGUGACUUCAGCUUGCCGCUGCUGCGGCGGGGCGAGAGGGUGGUUGCGGGGAGUCCCGGCGGCAGAGCCGAGGAGUCGCUCGCAGCUCGGGGGUGGCAGCACCGGGCAUGGCGGCGGCGCGUUCCCUGCUGGGCGCAGGGCGGGCGGGUCGCGCUGCUGCCGGGCUCUGCUGCUGCAGCGCCGCCAGAGCGAGUCCCCAUUGCACGGUGGCCCCCCAGCAGCAGCAGCCGCCGCCCCCUGCGCCCACCGUGGACAUGAAGAGCUACCUGUGGGCGCGCUACAAGGAGGCCAAGAAAGUGACCAAGGACUUGGUUCCUUCAAUUAUGAGUAAUUUGCUGAAUCCAGAUGCUAUUUUUACCAACAAUGAAAUGAGUCUAUCAGACAUUGAAAUCUAUGGCUUUGAUUAUGACUACACAUUGGUCUUUUAUUCCAAACAUCUGCACACUUUGAUCUAUAAUGCUGCCCGAGAUCUUCUCAUUAAUGAGCAUCGGUAUCCUGCAGAAAUAAGGAAGUAUGAUUAUGAUCCCAAUUUUGCAAUAAGAGGACUUCAUUAUGAUGUACAUCGGGCAUUAUUGAUGAAGAUUGAUGCUUUUCACUAUAUUCAAUUGGGAACAGUCUAUAGAGGCCUCCGUGUCGUCCCAGAUGAAGAAGUCAUUGCAAUGUAUGAUGGUUCCCAUGUCCCCUUGGAACAAAUGAGUGACUUUUAUGGAAAGAGUUCACAUGGAAAAACAAUGAAGCAGUUCAUGGAUAUAUUUUCAUUACCAGAGAUGACUCUCCUCUCUUGUGUGAAUGAAUAUUUUCUGAAAAACAACAUAGAUUAUGAACCUGUUCAUUUGUACAAAGAUGUCAAGGAUUCAAUCAGAGAUGUCCACAUCAAAGGAAUAAUGUACAGAGCAAUUGAAGCAGAUAUUGAUAAGUACAUCUGCUAUGCUGAGCAGACCCGGGCAGUGUUAGGAAAGCUGGCUGAUCAUGGCAAGAAGUUAUUUCUCAUCACAAACAGUCCCAGUAGCUUUGUGGACAAAGGUAUGAAGUUCAUCGUUGGAAAGGACUGGAGGGAUCUCUUUGAUGUAGUCAUUGUACAGGCUGACAAGCCAAAUUUCUUCAAUGAUAAGAGAAGACCUUUUCGGAAGGUGAAUGAAAAGGGAGAGUUGCUUUGGGACAAAAUUCAUAAAUUGCAGAAAGGCCAGAUUUACAAACAGGGUAACUUAUAUGAAUUUCUGAAGCUUACUGGCUGGAGGGGUUCCAAAGUUCUGUAUUUUGGUGACCACAUUUACAGCGAUCUGGCAGAUUUGACCCUGAAGCAUGGCUGGCGUACAGGUGCAAUUAUUCCAGAGUUACGAUCAGAGAUUAAAAUCAUGAACACAGAGCAGUACAUUCAAACCAUGACUUGGCUACAAACCCUGACUGGAUUAUUGGAACAUAUGCAGAUUUACCAAGAUCCAGAUUCACAAAUGAUUUUACAGGAAUGGAAAAAGGAAAGAAAAGAAAUGAGGGAAGUGACCAGAAACUUCUUCAACUCGCAAUUUGGGGGCUUAUUCAGGACUGACCAGAAUCCAACCUAUUUCUUAAGGCGUUUAUCUCGAUUUGCUGAUAUUUACAUGGCAUCGCUGAGCUGUCUGUUGAACUAUGAUCCCAAUUACACAUUUUAUCCAAGAAGGACUCCUCUGCAGCAUGAACUCCCUACCUGGUCAGACCAACUGUGCACUGGUACAUUCAGAAUACCCUUCCUGCAAGAGAUGGUUCAGAACAAAUGAGCUUUGGGUUUGUACCUGGGUUAUUUUAUAGCACCCCAAAUGAAUGAAUAUACCCAUCAGUAACUACCAGAAUGCAGAUUUAUUUUUUUUAAUCAUGGAGUACAUUUAUGUAUCUUGAUCCAGUUACUGGACAUCUGUCCUGAUAGAGUAAGAAUUCAUAUAUAACUUGUCCCUCCUCCCCUGUAUUACUCCUGGGGGAAUUCUGCGCCAAAAAAUUAAAAGUUAUGCACACAGUAUAAUCACACCAGUUUCCAUCAUUUUGGUAAUUUAUUUCAAAAUACCUGUCAGCAAAUAUGUCUGUAACAAUACAGACAACAAAAAAGAUUCAGGAAAUGUUUUUGACAAAUAGAUCCCUUAUUAGGCAUAUUGAUACAGAUCUCUGAGUAAUAACAGUUCUGUAUUGUAAUUGAAAUGAAUUUCCCAUACCCCUCCGAAACAGCGCAAAGGCUUGCAGGAGUCGGGUACAGAGGGGCUGAUGGAGAGGGAACUAAUUGCUGGGAAGGAGCCUGGGAAUGAACCUGGAGGGUUGUUGGGUGUGGGUGGGAGAAGCAAGGAACAUUUUUUGCGGGGAGGGGGAGGAAGGGAGGGAUUGUUAGGGAGUUGGGGAGCCUCCCCCAUGCAGACCCAAGCUGACCCCUAACCUCUCCCAUUCAGUUAGACACAUCUGCCUCUGUCCCCAUGUGGUCCUGCACCCCCUGUGCCCAUGUGGUCAUGCACCCUCAUUCGCAUUCAGCCCCUGGCUCAAUGCUGUCAUCUCACUAGCUCCUGGGCCUCUGCUCCAGUCUUCCCCCCACCCCCAGCCCUUCUGAACCCCAGUUUACCCCUCAGCAGCCCUGUGUGCCCCCCUCUGUCCAUCUCUACCAUGUUGCUUGCCUCCUCACCUGGCCCCACAGGCAGGGCACUGUGAGAAGGCAGCCUGUCCCCCUCCCUCUCUGCAUCUGGCUGCUCCGGCCCCUGAGCCGGCUGCCCUCUGUUCUGGUGCCACAAAAAAUGUAACUGCAGUGCCUCUCCGGCAGAAUCUAUUUUCUGUGAGGAGAAAAAGAAAUCUGCAGGGGACAUGAAUUCUGCAGAUGGCAGUGGUGCAGACUUCCCCCAGGAGUAUCUAGGUGUAAAUCCUCUUAAAAAUAAUGAGACUUAUGCUUGCACAUAGAGGGGGAAAAUAGACCCCCAAAACAGAAUUGGCUGGAAGGGAAGAUUUGUUUUUUCAUAUUGAAACUCGUAUCUAUAACCUUGUGGUUCAUAAAGAUACAAAAAAUAUAUAGCUUAUCUCUUCUGGUGCUGGUCUGAUGGACCUUCACGUGAUGACUCCAAUGUAUCUUGACAUGACUGAAAAUCUUGAGUUCUAUUGGGAGUUCAGAGAGACACAAUUAUCAAACAGUUUACAGUGAGGUGGAGAGGGAGUAGUGUAAGUAUAGUCACUUUCUGUGCUGGAUACUUGAGUUACAAUAGAUCUUUAAACCUGUAGUUUUACAGAGACUUAUUAAUGGGCUUCUUUUUCCUAUCUGUACAUGCAUUUUACAUUAGUGUAAUAUAAUAACCUGUGUUCUAUAUGUGAUAAAUAUGUUGUCCCUGGGCGUAGGCCUACAUUUUCAAAUCUGACUUGUGACUUUGCGUGCCCAACUUUGGACCUCUUAAAUGGCUUAAUUUUCAGAAAGUGCUGAACACUUGCCCUUUGACAGUAUCUCAAAGUAGACACCUUUGAAUAUUUAGGUCCUAGUUCUCAGGGAAAUACUAUGAAUGAAUGAAUGUUCAACUAAAAUGCAGGUUUGUGUGUUUUUUUUUUUUUUUUUGCAAUGAUGAACAGUGUGUUACUAUGACAUAUUCUGUGUUUCAGAAUGUUAAGCCUUCAUCACAUGUUUGAUGUAGCCUUCUGUAAUGUUACAUUUCAAAAUAAAUGUGCAGUAUUGGUAAA